GUGAAUCUCCACAAUGACAGUGACCAGGUAGGCAACCGCCUGACAUUGACUUCCAGGGCAUUCCUUUCAAAACAACAAAGGUCAACUCCAUCUCUCAACCUCGACCUCAACCUCAACCUCAACCUCGACCUCUACUCAUACUUCCCAUCCACCUUUCACGACGAUACACGACGAUACCCAUUCAUCUCAGAUUACGAACUUACGACGACCAACGAUUGCGCUAAACGAUUAUCUGGCAAAGCGCAAGAACGUACCCUACAGAGCGGCGCGCGCGUGUGGUAUCAUCACAGCUCUAUGAAGGCCUUCUAGGCAGUCAACGUUGUAGUUGGUGACAACCUUUCGCGCAUUCAGGGCAAUCUUGCUCACCUUUCAAUAAUUCUCAACAUCCCAAAUCCGCCUAAUACUCAUCAUUCUAAUCAAAAAUCAUGAACGAUACAAUCAUGAACGAUACCAACAUAAACGACUCGCCUUCAGCUGCAUCAAAUGGCCAAACACCUACUCCCAACAGUGGUGGUGCGCCUCGAUAUACCCGCAAGCUCAAGGCUGCAGACCCUCUGAGACCUCGCAAGAAGAUCGUCAGAGCACCUAAUAUUCCCAAGGGCGCUGCUCCAAUUCGGGUGGUAAAACGACCAGCAGCGGCCCCCGCAAGAGGCUUGUAUCCCGUCAAUGGCGUCGCUCCUUCCACGAAUGGCGCUGCUCCGGCUCAAAAGACCCACGAUGGCUGGACUCACGCACCCAAAGGACGUGUCGUCGACUUUCCUCUCUAUACGACCAAAAGAGCAUUGCGCGAGGGUCUGAGAUAUCAUGUUAUCCGCUUCAGCAGCAAGACCGAUGUAAACCCUGCCAACCCAGAGGAAUUCAUCCGGCCCGUUACUUUACAUAGAAGAGACCCUAAGCAACCGCCUCCAGGCCAAGUCGGAAAGGAAGAGAUCGUAGAUGAACAACCGAUGGAUCCCAAGGAGAGAGAAAAGCAAGAGAUACUCAAGGCGGAGAAGGAGCGCAAGAGAGCUGAGGACCAGGCCCAGAUUGCGCCCUCGAGAAAUCACCCAGCACAAAAGAAAAAUCAGGCUUUUAAAGGAGAGAAGACAAGCCAGGUAUUUCGACUGGACAAAAACGAGGAAGAGAAGAAGGCAUCGGAUUUACGAUAUGAGGAAGCCCUGCCAUGGCAUUUGGAGGAUGCGGAAGGCAAGAAUACUUGGGUCGGAAAUUAUGAGGCUGCUUUGUCAGACACAAACGCAAUGCUCGUCAUCGAUGGGAGCAGAUUCUUGAUGGUCCCAAUGGAGAAGUGGUACAAGUUUACGGCCAAAAACAAAUUCAGAGCCUUCACGAUCGAAGAAGCCGAGGCGCAAUUGAGCAAAAAGACGAAGGAGGCGCGUUGGGUUAUGCAAGAAGGUGAAAAGAGGAUCAAGGCACCGCCAAUGUCCAACAUGUACACGGUCAAAGCCGAAAGUAGAACUGCGCGGAAUGCAAACAAGAGUGAGCUGGCGGAGAUGGAUGAUCUCGAUUUUGCCGAGGGUGAUUUGUUCCAAGACGAUGAUGAGCAAGCCACUGUUGAGCCCGACAAUGAUGAGGACACCAAGGAAGCUCAGUCUAAGAUCAAGCGUGAACAGCUCAAUGCCAAUAUCUUUGAUCAGGCAGAUGAAGCUCAGGUUGAGAAAUUGGAACAGAAGGAACGUGAUGAGGAUGAAGCAAGGAAAAGAGCUGGCAAAGAAGUCAAGAAGGCACUGACUAAGCGCGAGAAAAACUAUCUUUACGAUAGUGAUUCCGACCAUCCUUAUUCUGAUUCAGUAUGCAUAUUCGUCUGAUUAUUGAUCAUCAACUGACAAGUGACAGAGCGAGGACGAUACUUCUGAUGAAGAGAAGCAAAAGGAAAUCGAUAAGCGAAAGGAUGAAGAGGCAAAGAGCAAGCUAAAGGAGAAGGAGAAAGACAAGGCGACCGCCUCUAAGCUCCCUUCUGGUGCAUCUUCCAAAGGCACAAACACGCCCUCUGGUCGUCCCAAGCACACUGAUGCGUUGAAGGGAAAAUCCAAGAAUAACCUCAAGCGAUCAGGAUCACCAAAUCUUUCCGAGUCAUCUGGCAAUGAAUCUGCUCGAAAGAAACACAAGAAGAAGCAUUCUUCUCAACCUUCUGGCGCAAGUACACCCAUUUUUGGAUCUCGCCCCUCCCCUGCACCUGCAUCACAACCCCUCCCCGGUCGAAAAUCUUCUAUCAUUAAACUUAAUGUUAACCCAUCCAAGGUCUCCGAGAUUCAAUCUUCCACGUCGAAACCCGGUAGCCCAAUGAGUGACGGCGAAGCUACUGGCGGAGAAGACGGCAGCAAGAAACGCAAGAUCAAGCUUCGUCUAGGUAGCACCCCAUCCGGUUCUCGUGCCGGUAGCCCAGAAGCCCGCCCAACUGGCACAAGCAGCCAUGCUGGCAGUCCUAUGGCAGCGUUGGCAGGUAAGUCAUCCCUCGACAUUUCGCUGGUGAUAUUGCGUUUUCUUUUUUUUUCUUUUGCUAAUACUUAUUUCGCAGGAUCUCCAGCCGGCGCUAUUCAAAGUCACGAAAUUAUUGCGGCUCUUCCUCCACAAGGUAUCUCCAUUGUGGAAUUAAUGAAGCUUUUCAAAACCCGUGUUGGUGAUAAAGAAGGCCAGACUAACAAGAAGGCAUUCAUUGCGUUGGUCAAGGAAAACUGCAGUUAUGGAGACAACAAGCUUCUCCGACCCAAAGUA